CCCGAGGGGCUCUAGAGGGUGCGGCGGGACUGCGAGCCCUGGGAGGGGUUCGGAAAGAGCCGGUUCUGCCGAUUGACCUUAGAGCGGUCCUUUUGCCUCUCCGGGGCCUCGGUUUACCCCCUUCUGGGAAAGUGAAGGGUGAGAGAUUGGCACCUUCCGGAGCUCACUUGCCUGGCACCGGCCAAGUCCUUGCCUUUACAGCUCGCUCGAGCAUCCUGUUCUUCAGGAAGCCCCCAGGCCACCUGUACUCCCACAGCUUACCAAACCAUUUCAAAUGUCCUGUGGCCACCGGCCGGGCUCGCUUUCGAGCCCUGUCAUUAGUCAAGCAUUUUUGGACUACAGCAACCCAGAGCAGGUGCACAGCCCCAUUUAGUAAUUAUCAAGAUAGAUUUAGACCUCCUGUCUCUGGUUUCAGAUUCCUUGCUUUUAUCAGCUGUGGGCCUUCUGGAAUUUAAUCUUCCCUGCCAGUGCCUCGGUUUCCCUCAUCAGAACUAUAAGUAGAACUAUAAAACAGGACCAUAAGUAGUUUUUCCUUCGUAGGGUGGUGUGAGGAUUAAAUGAGUUACUGUGAGACUAGCACCAGCUCAGUGCCCAGCACACCACAGGUGCCCAAUAAAUGCUUAUUGUUGGCAUCACGGUGCUCACACAGCCGGCUCUGCACUCCCACAGGCAGCCCCAGCACAUGGACACUGACACUGACGUGGAGCAGCCGCCCACUCUGGCCAGGCCCUGACUUCCUUUGGAGAUGCUUGGCUGCCUAACCUCUUAUCAAGGUCCCUGGCCAGAAGGCCACAGUGAGCAGCCUUACCACGCUAAAUGUGGACAUGUGUGCAGGGCCCAGCCCCGAGUCCAGAUGAUGUUCGUGCCAGUGGCUUCGGUGAUGGCAGUGACUGAACCGAAAUGGGUCUCGGUCUGGGGCCGCUUCUUGUGGCUGAUGCUGGUGAGCAUGGCCAUGGGGUCGCUGCUGGCCCUGCUGCUGCCACUGGGAGCCGUGGAGGAACAGUGUUUGGCCAUACUCAAAGGCUUCUACCUGCUCAGGAGCCAACUAGACAGAGCACAGCAUGCUGUCACCAGGCGCACCAGCCCCUCCACGGAGCUCAGCGUCACCUCCAGGGACGCUGGGCUGCUGGUGGUCAAGACCAAGGCAUCUCCAGGCAAGCUGGAAGCCAGAGCAGCGCUGAACCAAGCCCUGGAAAUGAAGCGCCAGGGCAAGCGGGAGAAAGCCCACAAGCUCUUCCUGUACGCGCUCAAGAUGGACCCGGACUACGUGGACGCGCUCAAUGAGUUUGGCAUCUUCUCCGAAGAAGACAAGGACAUCAUCCAGGCAGAUUACCUGUACACCAGAGCGCUGACCAUCUCGCCCUUCCAUGAGAAAGCCCUGGUCAACCGGGACCGGACGCUGCCGCUCGUGGAGGAGAUCGACCAGAGGUACUUCAGCAUCAUCGACAGCAAGGUGAGGAAGGUGAUGUCCAUCCCCAAGGGGAACUCGGCGCUGCGCCGCGUCAUGGAGGAGACCUACUACCACCACAUCUACCACACGGUGGCCAUCGAGGGCAACACCCUCACGCUGUCCGAGAUCAGGCACAUCCUGGAGACGCGCUAUGCCGUGCCGGGGAAGAGCCUGGAGGAACAGAACGAGGUCCUUGGCAUGCACGCAGCCAUGAAGUACGUCAACACCACCCUGGUCUCACGAGUAGGCUCCGUCACCAUCGACGACGUGAUGGAGAUCCACAGGCGGGUGCUGGGCUACGUGGAUCCAGUGGAAGCUGGCAGGUUUCGCACGACCCAGGUCCUGGUGGGACACCACGUCCCUCCCCAUCCCCAAGACGUGGAGAAGCAGAUGCAGGAGUUCAUACAGUGGCUCAACUCUGAGGACGCCAUGAACCUGCACCCGGUGGAGUUUGCGGCCCUAGCGCAUUACAAACUCGUCUACAUCCACCCUUUCAUCGACGGCAAUGGGAGGACCUCACGCCUGCUCAUGAACCUCAUCCUGAUGCAGGCAGGCUACCCGCCCAUCACCAUCCGCAAGGAGCAGAGGGCUGAGUAUUACCACGUGCUGGAGGUCGCCAACGAGGGUGACGUGAGGCCUUUCAUCCGCUUCAUCGCCAAGUGCACCGAGACCACUCUGGACACCCUGCUUUUUGCCACGACUGAGUACUCGGUGGCACUGCCGGAAGCCAACCCCAACCAUUCUGAGUUCAAGGAGACACUUCCGGUGAAACCUUAGCCCUGUCCAUCUCUGUGCAGCAAGGGCAGCCAGGGGGAUGGGAUCAAAGAAACUUAACCAUGCUAGGAAGCUAAUCAUCUCCAAAAGCAAAAGGAAACCUUUAAACAUUCUUUACCUCCAAAAAAACUUUUAGUUAAAAAGAAAAAAACUAAAUUAUUAAGCCUUGUAUCUAACUUAUAAUCUAGCAAAGAUAUUUAUUUUCUUUUGAGCAAGUUACAUAGUGUGUCCACUGUGGCAGUACGGGUGGCCGCUGUGUGAGUGGCAGCCCCGCACUUUAGGGGCACCAGUGCUCCUAUGAGACCAGAACCGAGGUUCUGGAGCAGAAUUUGCACCAAGAUGGGGGAAAAAAGACCAGAGCAGUGGGAUGAAGCCCAGGGCCACUGAAAGUUACUCAGGUCUUCGUGGUGCCACUGUACUGGGAAGCCACCACCUCUGGGGAAACUGCAGUCUGGGAAUGACUGCAAGCUGCCGGCUCAGGUCUUUGCACCCCUACCACUGAAUUAGUGUGGUGGCUUUUACUGGUAUCGCGCAUUUUCAAGCUCUGACAUGACCUUAUCUCCAGACUGCCCUUGAACCCUACCUUGCAGGCUCGAGUGCCCGAGGGUGUCUUUUCAUGAGACUGUUUUUCUAAUUAAGGCGAGGACCGCAGCCAGCUCGGUUUGCUCUGUGUAGCAGUGUCGUCCUUGCACGUCAUACGCAGCAAUGCAGACCAGAUGUUUGCCUCUAGAACAGUGAUGGCGAACCUUUUGGCGCUUUCAGUAACAGCCCACUGCGGCAUGCGUGCCAUGGGUUCACCACCGCUGAUCUAAAAGUUCUCUGGGUUCAUCACUCAACACCUACAUCACGCUGUGAGGGCCGUCUGCCCUCAGCUCCCACUGUUCUCUAUGGGUGGAUCAGCUGGGAACGAUGCCUCAUCACCCCACAGGCAUUUCCCGAUGACGAACAGAACCAAGUAAAACCUCUGACCGCCGCCAGCCUGUCCCUUUUACAGUUCAGCUGCAUCCACUCACUGCCCACUGCAAGAGCAGCUUUACACAGUUCAGCGUCCCCCUUGGGGAGGCAAGAUUGUCUGAGUGGCCUUAUUUUUUAGCAACUUGUAGAAUGACAAAACGUCAUAUAUAAUAUGGCCCGGUUUCUAAGUGGUCAGAUCUUUCAAUCAUGUAUGGCACAAGGGCCAAUUCAACUGCUGCUGCUGCUAUUCAGCGUCAGGCAGGCCGCAGGUCACUAGGUCCCUUUCCCAGUGACACAGCCUGCAAGGCUGAACCCUGAACAGCCCCUUGGCGAUGUCUGAAUGAUGGUGUAUACACAGUGGUGAUUUUGAUUUUUGCAUACAGUUCCUGAUGGCCAUCAAGUCUCUACUCAAAUGUAUUUACAGUUAUUUAAAUGGUAAAUUCAGAGUCACUUUCUGAAAGAUUAAGAAAAAUAAGUGAAAAGUUGUCUGGAACAGCUCCAAGGAUAGUUACUGAAACCUGGACUUAAAUUAAAAAAAGUGUUCUUACAGUAGCUGCCGCCGUGAAGCGUCUUAAACCCAAGCUCUUCUGCUGUCCUGGUUCUGAAGCAGAGCAAGGACGGCCGACAGGCCUGCUCACUUUGUCCACUGGUGAGAGAAUCUGCACUUUAGCUGUACAUGAAGGGUAUUAUUUUAACAAAUUACUGAUUCUAAUAAAGCAUUUUAUCACAAA